ACCGCAUCUCCUCUCGUGGUGCCUCUGCCCCUGUGGGAAGGGGGAAGGCAAGCACACCCUUGCUCGCACGCGCACACGCAGAGGUUUUUCCACUCCUCACACAUGGGCUGGGGGAGCUGAGCAAUUUGAGCCCGGCUGUGGGGAGGAGUCUGUUCCCAAAGCUGUCCCCAGCCUGAGAUCAUUGAUCCCAGCUCCCCUCCUCUGCCCAGAAGGAGCCCCCAGCUGCAUCCUUCGUGGGCAGGAGAGAGUCCAGACAGUGCAAGCCAUGCUCCAGGGGCCUGUGGGAGAGGAGGGCGGGCAAGCAAGGCAGGCGCUCUGAAGGGAGCAUCUCUGUGGACAGCAAGACGCCUGUCAUGUUCGCCGAGCUGCUCUUCCAGGCUGCUUGUGUGUCUGUGUUCCUUCAAGGGGCCCAGGGGAGAGUCUACACAGGAAGGAAGAAGCUUGCCAACUUCGCCGUGGAGAGACGUCGCAUUGGACCACAUGUUUGCCUUUCUGGUUUUGGGAGUGGAUGCUGUCCUGGAUGGAUACCAUCUCCAAGUAGUGGACAGUGCACCCUCCCACUGUGUUCCUUUGGGUGCGGCAGCGGCCUGUGCAUUGCUCCCAAUGUCUGCUCCUGCAGGGACGGAGGGCAGGGCAUCACGUGCCACGACUCUCCAGGUGCCUGUGGGGAAUAUGGCUGCGACCUUGCCUGCAACCACGGGGGCUGCCAGGAGGUGGCGCGAGUGUGCCCGCUGGGAUUCUCCAUGACUGAGACCGCCAAUGGUGUGCGUUGUGCAGACAUUGACGAGUGCCUGAGCGCCUCCUGCGAGGGGCUCUGCGUGAACACAGAAGGAGGCUUUGUGUGUGAAUGCGGCCCAGGGAUGCAGCUCUCCGCUGACCGCCACAGCUGCCAAGACACGGAUGAGUGCCUAGCGACACCCUGUCAGCACCACUGCAAAAAUAGCAUAGGCAGCUACCGAUGUUCGUGCCAUCCUGGCUUCUACCUGCAUGGCAACCGGCAUUCCUGUGUUGAUGUGAAUGAAUGCCGCCGACCCAGUGAGAAGCGAACCUGCCAGCACUCCUGUCACAACAUGCUGGGAAGCUUUAUGUGCAGCUGCCGGCCCGGCUACCGCCUCAGCGUGGACAGAGUGUCCUGUGAAGGUUUUUCAAAGGCCAGCCUGGCCCCGUCUCCCAUCCUGCAGUCUCUCCAGCACCCACCAACUCUGCUGCGCCUCUCUCCAGAAGCUCUGGCCCCCGCUCCACCGUCCAGGGGCCCACCUGCUUCCCGGGCCCCUGCUCCCCACAGCGUGCGCAGAACCCCCUCGCCCUCGCCGCUCCUUUCCACCCUCACGGUCCUUCUGCAGGCAGCCUCUCCCACCCCUUCACUCCCUCCCCCCAGAUCCUCCCUUGGCUCCCCCUUCCUGUUGAAAACCACCAGGCCUGCCUUGCCAGUGAGCCCACUGCCUCCAUCACUGCUGAGAGAGGGCAUGAGGACACCCCCUCCCACGAGUCCCCUGGCCACUGCCACUUCCCCCGCUGCCCCGCCUUCUGCCUGCUGGCAGGGAGAGAUCCUUCGUGCAAAUGGCAGCCACUGGAUAGAGCCGGGAUGUCUGAACUGUUCCUGUGAGGGUGGACAAAUCCUGUGUCGCGCCGUGAUGUGCAAGGCGGCUUGCUCCCACCCCAUCCCUCCGGUGGAAGGGGAGUGCUGUCCCAGCUGCACAGCAGGCUGUUCCUAUUACGGGAUUCCCAGAACAGAAGGGGAGGUUUUCUCUCUCUCUGAGGAGAACUGCACGGUCUGUGUCUGUCUGGCAGGCAACGUAUCCUGCAUCUCUCCGGAAUGUACGCCCAGUCCGUGCUCCAGCUCCACUCACACUGACUGUUGUCCCUGCCAACCAGUGGAGUGCCAUUUCCGUGGCCAGACGUAUGCAGAGGGGACUGAGUUCAGCCUGGAUGGUGAAUGUACCACCUGUGUGUGCAGGCAAGGUGAAGUUGAGUGCUCCUUCACUCCCUGCCCCAUUCUGGAGUGCCCCCAAGAGGACUGGUUCCUGGCCCCAGGGCAGUGUUGCUUCACCUGCCGAAAGGCUGCACCCAGGACUGGUUGCUUUGUGGAUGACAAUGGAGUUGAAUUUCCAAUUGGACAGAUCUGGUCACCGGGUGAUCCCUGUGAGUUAUGCAUCUGCCAGGCAGAUGGCUCGGUGAGCUGUAAAAGGACAGAUUGUCUGGAGACGUGUCCUCAUCCAAUCCGGAUCCCUGGGCAGUGCUGUCCAGAUUGCUCAGCAGGUUGUACCUAUGGUGGAAGGAUUUUUUACAACAAUGAGACUUUCCCCUCUGUCUUGGACCCAUGCCUAAGUUGCAUUUGUUUGCUGGGCUCUGUGGCCUGUUCUCCCGUGGACUGUAUUGUGUUUUGUACGUACCCGUUCCACCCAGAAGGAGAAUGCUGCCCGGUCUGCCAUGACUGCAAUUAUAAAGGGAGGAAAGUAGUGAAUGGACACAACUUUGUACCAGAAGGUGAACCCUGCAUUCACUGCACCUGUCAGCUUGGGGAGGUGAGCUGUGAGAAGAGGCCCUGCCCAAGCAUCUGUGCAGAGCCCCUUGCGCCCCCGAUACAGUGCUGCCCAGACUGCCAAGGUAAUGAAGUUACAGAUGACCUGGCCUCACGGGGAAAUAAUUUAGCCAAUGCUCACUUGGAAGAUGGAAAAGCAGAGGCAGACUUGCAGACCUUACAAAGACGUUCCAUGGCCCUGCUGUCUGACAGGAACUGCAGCCACUGCACUGCCGCCCCGGCCCCUGCCCCUGCCUCACUGGGUCCGGAGUUCCGUCUUGCAGAAAGAGACCCAGGUGCUUGGGAGGCUGCACCUAUGAGCCCGACUGCACCAGGGAAUGCUGACUUCCCCCAGACCAGACCGGGAGAUCCCCUCAGGCUGCUGCUUAACAGACCACCAAGUGUUAAGCCCCCGUCUCCUUGGUUAGGCCAUUCAACAACUCAGGGAAGACCAGGGCCCACCGUGCCACUUCUAAGGCCUGAGAGCAUCCAGCCUGACUUCCCUUCUUCUCAUCAUAUUCCCCCUUCUCCCACUGUAAGGAGAAUGGGAACUUCAGUGUCCUCCACUGCUGCUCAUCCUUCCACUCCUCUUGCUACUGCUCACCUGAGAAACUCCAUAGCUGCUCUUUUUCAGCCUUCAGAUACUGGCAGCCUUCCUCUGCCACCAACGUCGAAAAGACUUCCUUCUUCAGCCAGCUCCGGGCCAGACUCUCCUCAAGAACUUUCUGGGAGCUCAUCUCACAUCACAGCGUCACCCACAAUGAGCCAGCAAACCAUGGGGAGCAAUCCUUCAUUGUCCUCUGAUGGACAAUGCCAUCUCAGCAGAGCUUCCUGUCUCUUUGGAAUGGAAUUGUGGGAGGAUAUGUUGUGACAAGGGCAAAGGCUUGCUGGCCUGCUGUCGGCAGGGGAAGUAACCUCUUGUCUCUGAAGUCACACAGGAAAUCGCUUCACCAGCUCUUACACAAAAAUCCUGUCACUGCUUGUGGGCUGAUAUGGAAAUGUCAGGGUUGAUCAUGCUGCAGAAAAAUUGGCCAGAGUCCCUGGAAACAAAAGUGUAUUCUGGCUAAAACCUAUUUAACAGAACCAUACUCUGUAGAUUCAUUGGUAUGUACAAAUUUGAUUCUAAUACUGGAGCAAUUCCACUAAAUCCUUGCUUUAGUACUGGAUCUAUUAGUGCAUAUAGAGUUCUGAAAUUCAGAUCAUAUAGUAAGCUGGAACUAUAUGAACCUAAUAUACAGGGUGGGCCAAAAGUAGGUAUACAGUAUUGAUCAGGCCAUAUUUAGUCUCUUAAGCACUCAAAAUAUCCUCCAUCAAUGUUGCAACAUUCCCGCAACCUAUCCCUGUCCCUGUGGCUCACAUUCCGGUUAGGACCAAUGUCAGUAAAUGCUUGUGAGAUGAACUCCUUCAGUUCAUCUACUGUGUGAGGGCCUCCAUGGCCUGAUCAUUACUGCAUACCUGCCCUGUGGGUGUGUAUGAUUUGUUGUAUUUAAAGGUAAACAUGCUUCUUCUAGUCAACAGGAAUUUUACUAUUAGUUUCUUUCAUGAAGCAUGCUAACUACCACAUUCUCUGGAAGGGGGUUUGGUCCUUUAAAACCCUUGGAUUUGUUUUAGACUUGGAAGGGUUUGUGGACCACUCCUCAAACUGGUGCAAGACAGAUUUUUUCAACUACCUCAGAGAGGUGUCUAACAAUGGUACAUCAGCAUUAGGCAUUUGAACCAGAUUAGCAGCCGUGACUUUCACUCUCACUUUCCCCCAGACCUAGACCUCUGAGAACAGCCAUUUUGUGUGGCUGCUGAGAAUUCUUGAUUAGGCAUUCCUAAUUCUUUUCUGAAAGGACACUUCUGAACCUUCCUUGGAUGGGAGUCAUGGUUGUUCAUUCGGUCUGGGUGUAAUAUAAACGGAAUGUGUAGAUGUGCCCCCUUGGAGACACCCACUUGGCAGCUUGGACAGCAUUUGGAAGCUGAGCCAGUGCAUAUCUGGCCUCCACAGUCCCUGCUCAUGGAGGCAUCAUGCUGCACCGGAUUCCUUGUUUCCAGAAGGAAGCUGGAGGCCAGUGCAUUUGCAACAGAGGCUAGGUGCACUCCUUGCUGUUAGCUUCUGGAAAUCAGCAUAGUGAGUAUCCACAGAAGGGGCUUUUCUGUGUUUCUCUUGGAUAUUUUCUAUUCUUCCAGUUUGGAGCUCAGAGAGUACAGGUCCCUUAGAGUAUAGUUAUUACUGUAUAUCUGCUAUCUCAGUCAUUAAGAAUCUUCUCCAGUCCAUUCAUUUCACCACCAGCAGGACAUUUUGUCUGAUUCUCAUCUACACACAGAAUGUACUUAUUAUGAAAUCAUCAACAGAGCAAUCUGCAUGGAAGGAAACUUUGAUUUCUGCAGGUGCCUAAAAUCCCUCCUAGCGAAAUGGCAUGAGAAAAUUAUGGUGUGUACUCAUUUAUUUGGACUGCACUCUUCCUUCAAAGAGCUCAGUGGUACUUACAUUAAGCUCUUCGGGCAGCGUCCCAUCACCUCCCUUCAGCAAGGGAAUAGCAUAAUGUGACAAAUUGCAAGCAGGUUUGAAGCCUGAGUUAAAGGCAAGCAACUUUUCCAUAGGCGCAAAAACCUGCAGUUGCUCAACAGAAGAAUCUCUCUGUGCAGGCUGGAGAGUCCAUAUGGUAAGAACCUGUUUGGGAGACCAGGAUCCUUGGCACAGUUCUCUGCUCUGUGGUAGACCUCCUCAGUAACCUUGGGCAAGGGCCUCAGGGUGUGAUCUGUAGCAUGGGUAACUCCAACUACCCUACUUCAUAGGGCAUACUUUCAUUAAAAGGUAAAGGUUUCCCCUUGACAUUAAAGUCCAGUCAUGCCUGACUCUAGGGGGCAGUGCUCAUCUCCGUUUCCUAGCUGAGGGAGUUGGCGUUUGUCCGCAGACAGU